AUGCUUUGUAAAUGUAAUGAUCUACUCAUAAUACCUUUAGUCUUACGUAAGAUAGAUAUGUUUGGACAGCCAGUGUCCCUCAAAUUUAAUGGACAUUCUAAACAUUAGACUGAAGUAGGAGGCAUCGCUUCUAUUGCUACUAUUACUGUAGUAUUUCUCUUUUUCUCAUCUAAUAUACUCAGCUUUAUUAAUAAAGGCGAAUUAUCAGCAAUAGUAGUCAAUAAUUUCGAAGAAAUUCCUUAAUUUAUAUCACUUUCUGGAGAAAGAACAUUAGCAGUUGGCUUUAAUAAUCUUUCUUAGUCCAACUACUUUAAUAUUACUUUAUAAUAAAUGUAUGAUGAUCUUAAAUAUAUAUUCAAGAACGAUUGAAAAUUAAAUCAUCACAAAUUAAACAUUAAUAACAAUUGGAAAAUGCAAGCCUGAGCAAUUUUAAUUAGCAAGUGACACUUCUCUUUAAACCUAUUUUACAGAUCACUUUUUAUGUUUGGAGUACAUAUUUAAAUACUAAUAAUAGAUAAAAUUAAUAAUUAUACUUCGGAUAAAAUCAUUCUAGUAAAAUCUAUUAUAUAUUUUUUUUAAGAAAAAUACGAAGUACAUUUAAUUAUAUCGAAAUGUUAAAAUAAUUAAUCAUCUUGUAUCCCAAAUCAAAAUCUAGACGGUUAAAUUUUUAAUGUAUAAUUGAUAUUUCAGAAUUAAGUAUUUCUAGUUUUAUUUUAAGGUUGUGAAUCCUAUGAAAUUAUCGGACAAAUACAUAUAAACUUUUUUAGAUGAUACUUAUUCAAUAAAAUUUGUACCAAAUACAUUAUCAAAAGAACAAGAACUCCUUAUAACUUAAUAUGAUUUAAAUAAUGAUGAUAGUAUUAUAUAUGAAGAAUUUCAUUAAAGUCAAGCUUUUGCAAUUGACUCAAGAGAUUCUAAACAAAUAGUCAAUAUUGAUAAUGAUGUUUUUGCAUCAUUUAUAUUCAAAAAGAACAAAUUAAAAUAUACAGUCAAUCGAUCUUAUUAAAAAAUAACUGAUCUUCUUGCUCGUUUAGGAGGUUUUCUAAAAAUAUCAUUCUUCAUUUUAGGAUUUGUAAUUUAAAUUUAUAAUCGUUUAUAAUGUAAAAAUAUGUUAUAAUUAAUUAGUAUAUCUCAUUUUAGCAAAUAAGAUUUACGAAUUUUCAUUCGAUUCUAUAAAAUAGAGAGAAUUUCAGGAAUAACAAUUUGAAGUUCUGAAUUCUGCAAUUCAAUCCAAAUUAUCAAAAACCAAUAUUUAGAACAUUAAUGAUGAAGGUAGUUAAUAGAAAAUCCCAGCUAGUCGAGUCAUGUAAAAGAAUAACUCCAUUAAAUCAAAAUAGAAUUCAAUCUCAUUACUUCCUUUUUCAAGUUAACACAUACCUAUAUAUAAUAAUGAUACAAAUAAAAAGUAAAUUAUAACUGAAGAGGAAUGUAUUAUUUCAGCAAAUUUAAUUGAUCAUCAUAAACAUUUGGCUAAGAAAUUUAAUUGCUCAAGUGGUUUGGACUAUUUUCAAAAAUAAAUUAAUAAAAUAAUAAAUAGAUCUUAACCUCUAAGCUUAACAAUAAGGAUUUUCUUAAAUCAUUUAUUUUGUUCUAAAUUAUUUAAUUCAAAUAUCCAAGUUAAAUUAUAUAGAAAAUCUAUGAAAGAAAUUUCAAAUCAUUUAGAUGUCUAUUAUAUCCUUUAAAAAUUAGAAGAAUUAAACAAACUUAAAUCUAUUUUACUUAGUCCUUAAUAACUUUUAGUUUUUAAUUUUACUCCUAAAUAAAUGAUUGCUCCUGAUAAAACUGAAUUAAAAUUUAAUCGAAAUUUCUUGGAAGAAAAAGCAAGAAUAAGACACACUACACUUUUUAGUGAAACUUAAAAUACUGCUGCAAGUGUACUUUAACUGAGAAAAAGAGCCAGUUAAGAAAAUGAGAAUCUAAUUUACUAACGAAUAUAUAAUGCAUAUGAUGAUAUAUUAAGAUAAUAUGAAGGUGAAAGCCCAAAAUAGCCUCAUGAUAUUAAUAAAUAAUUAGUUGAAAAAUUGGGUUCUGAAUUGAAGUCAAUCUUUAGAGCAUCGAAAAUGAUUGAUUUCUCUUAACUUUAAUCAUCUAAAUCAAGAAAAGUAAAUAGAAGACAUGCAUAAAUUGAUAAUGAAAUUUAAGUAACUAAAAUGAUGUAAUAGUUUUAUUAAUAAUGA